AUGUUGGGCCGCCUUCUUCUACUUGCGUCGUCGGCGCUGGCGCUGCGCCCAGCGUCGCAGGUCCACUUGGCCUUGACCAACGACGCGCAAAGCUGCGGAAACGGCGUAGCCAUCUCGUUUGCGAGCGCGACGCCCGAGCCGUACCACGUCCACUACGCGCCCAUCGGUUCGAUCGAGACGUGGGUCGUGAGCACGCGCCCGAGCAGCUCGUACUCGGUGGCGCAUGGCCGGUACCACUACGCCUCACCGCAUUUGCACACAGCGUACCUCUGCCAGCUCUUGCCCAACACGCAGUACACGUACAGAAUCCACGGCGGCGACAAGAACAGCUCGUUCUAUACACCGCCCCUGGUCGGCGACGACACGCCGACAGUGCUCUCGGUCGUGGGCGACCCGGGCGAUACGACCGAGAGCUCGGCCACGCUCGAGAUGCUCGCGGCGCCCGUCCGCGGGCUCCACCCGCACGCGCUCCUCGUCGCGGGGGACUAUGCCUACGCCAACGGCCAGCACGAGAUUUGGGACAGGUGGUUUCAGCUCCAAGAAGGCGUCUUUCGAUCCAUGCCGACGCUGGGCAUUCCGGGCAACCACGAGACGGUCGUCGGGUCGGGGCACGCGGCGCCGCGGCCGCUGGCGUGGGACAUGCUCGGGGAAAACUACCUCGGGUACCUGCAGCGCGUUGUGACGCCGCUGACGCCCGAGAGCGUCGCGGCCAAGCGCACGUACUACUCGUUUGACGUCGGGCUCGUGCAUCUGGUGUUUCUGGACGACUAUGUCGGCUCGGUUGGGAGCGCGAUGAACUCGGUCGGGACACCCGAUUGGCUCAGCGCCCGCACGCGCCAGCUCACGUGGCUCGCCAACGACUUGGGUCGCGUCGACCGGAAGAAGACGCCGUGGGUCGUCGUCAUCAAGCACAACCCGUAUUACAAUACGUGGAAGGACCACCAGUGCCAGUGCUCGCACGCGAGAUUUGAGAUUUCCGAUCCGGACGCGUGCUGGCGCGGCGCCUAUGUGCAAGGCCACCCGAUGUUUGAGCCCCACUGCGGGCUCCAGGCCAAGCUGGAGCCGCUCUACGCGCAGUUUGGCGUCGACGUUGUCCUUGCCGGGCACGUCCACGGCUACGAGCGCACGGCGCCCAUUUACCAAAACAAGAUCGAUGCGGUCAAAGGCACGGUCUACGUGACCACCGGCGCUGGUGGCAACUACGAAGGCCACGCCGGCCCGCGCCUCCCGGGACCGCUGCCACCGUGGUCGCUCGCCGUCAACAACCAAGUGUACGGCGCGUCCAAGCUCAUUGCGACGCGGACGUCGCUUGAGAUCCUCUGGUUUACCAACAAGGACCAUGCGUCGCCGCACGACCGCGCCGUGCUGCCUCUCCGGCCGCCGGCAUCGCCUACCAUGACGCACACGAAGAAGCGCGUCGUUGUCGCUCCGUAG